CUCCCUGGCCGUGCCGGCGCUGUACCAGGACGCCGAGGGCUGGCACAAACACCGGGGGGCGCUGCUGGACCCCCUGUUACCCUUCAGUGCCAGCUUUGAUGCCCUGUGCGCGGCCCCGGAGGGUGCGGCGGGGGACGUGGCGGUCAGUCCGGGGCUUUUCACUCGGAGGAGGGGAGGACUGAUCGAGCAGAAGGACAUCGUCAAAGCUCACCAGGUCUACAAGCUCCAGAGCACCCCACAGGCACGCCGCAAAGAGUGGGAAAUGGCUCGGUUCGGGGACACGGUGGCGGCGGUGCACGGGGUUCUGGAUGGCGGCUCGGAGCGCAGUCGGACCCGGGAACCCCCCUCCUCGUCCACCGGUGGAGGAGUCUCACCCGCCUUCAAGCAGACCAAAGCUCAGCGGGCGCGCACCAUGGCCCUGUACAACCCCAUCCCGGUCCGGCAGAACUGCUUCACCCAGAACCGCUCGCUCUUCAUUUUCGGGGAGGACAACGUCGUGCGCAAAUACGCCAAGAGGAUCAUCGAGUGGCCGCCUUUCGAGUACAUGAUCUUAUCCACCAUCAUCGCUAACUGCAUCGUCCUGGCCCUGGAGCAGCAUUUACCUGGCGAGGACAAGACGCCCAUGUCCAAGAGACUGGAGAAGACGGAGCCGUACUUCAUCGGGAUGUUCUGCUUCGAGGCAGGAAUAAAGAUCGUGGCUCUGGGAUUUGUGUUCCAUAAAGGAUCUUAUCUGAGGAACGGCUGGAACGUGAUGGAUUUCAUCGUGGUGCUCAGCGGGAUUCUGGCUACAGCUGAAGCUCACAUGAACAUCCCGGUCGAUCUGAGGACGUUACGAGCUGUUCGAGUGCUGCGGCCGCUCAAACUGGUGUCUGGAAUUCCAAGUCUGCAGAUCGUUCUGAAGUCCAUCAUGAAGGCCAUGGUCCCUCUGCUGCAGAUCGGCUUGUUGUUGUUCUUUGCCAUCCUCAUGUUUGCCAUCAUCGGGCUGGAGUUCUACAGCGGCCGCCUGCACAGCACCUGCGUACCUGAUCCUGAUAUACUGGUGAACGAGACGGUGGAUGAACGGGAGUCGGAGUUUCCGUGCGGGGUGCGGCGCUGCCCUCACAAAUACACCUGCAACGACUCGUGGAUCGGGCCGAACGACGGCAUCACCCAGUUCGACAACAUCCUGUUCGCUGUACUGACCGUGUUCCAGUGCAUCACCAUGGAGGGCUGGACCACCGUGCUCUACAACGCCAAUGAUGCGUUAGGUCCCACGUGGAACUGGUUGUACUUUAUCCCCCUCAUCAUUAUUGGUUCCUUCUUCGUGCUGAACUUGGUACUGGGGGUGCUGUCGGGCGAGUUUGCUAAAGAGCGAGAGCGGGUGGAGAACAGACGAGCGUUUAUGAAACUCCGGCGGCAGCAGCAGAUCGAAAGAGAAUUAAAUGGAUAUCGAGCCUGGAUCGACCGAGCAGAGGAAGUGAUGCUGGCAGAAGAAAAUAAGCUCUCUGGUCCCUCUGCACUGGACGUGUUGAAGCGAGCGACCACCAUCAAGCGGCGCGGCGUGGACGCCAUCUGUCACGGUGCUGAGGAGCAGUGUGUGGACGUCGCCUCCAUCGGUGGGCCGCUGAACAGAGCGAGUAUCCGCAGCACCAAGCGGGGGCCGGCGGCGUUUUUCCGGAGGAAGGAGAAGAUGUUGCGCAUCUCCAUCCGCCGCAUGGUGAAGACGCAGACCUUCUACUGGACCGUCCUGGGCCUGGUGGCGCUCAACACCCUGUGUGUGGCCAUCGUUCAUCACGACCAACCGCUGUGGCUCUCCAGCUUUCUGUAUUAUGCCGAGUUCCUGUUCCUGGGUUUGUUCCUGACCGAGAUGUUCCUGAAGAUGUACGGCCUCGGCCCUCGGCUCUACUUCCACUCCUCCUUCAACUGCUUCGACUUCGGCGUGAUCGUCGGCAGUAUAUGCGAGGUGAUCUGGGGGUUCUUCAGACCGGGGAUGAGUUUCGGGAUCAGUGUUCUGCGCGCGCUGAGACUGCUGAGGAUCUUCAAAAUCACCAAGUACUGGGCGUCCUUGAGGAACUUGGUGGUUUCUUUGAUGAACUCCAUGAAGUCCAUCAUCAGUUUACUCUUCCUCCUCUUCCUCUUCAUCGUGGUCUUUGCUCUGCUGGGAAUGCAGCUGUUUGGUGGCAGGUUUAUCUUUGAGGAGUUCACACCCACCAACUUCGAUACCUUCCCAGCGGCCAUAAUGACCGUCUUCCAGAUCCUCACAGGCGAGGACUGGAACGAAGUGAUGUACAACGGGAUUCGCUCGCAGGGCGGAGUCAAGUCUGGAAUGUGGUCGUCCAUAUACUUCAUCGUCCUCACGCUGUUCGGAAACUACACACUUCUCAACGUCUUCUUGGCCAUUGCUGUGGAUAAUUUAGCCAACGCUCAAGAGCUGACCAAGGACGAAGAGGAGGAGGAGGCGGCCUUUAAUCAGAAGCACGCUCUCCAGAAGGCUAAGGAGGUCGGACCCAUGUCGUCGUUCAUUUCCUCAGAGAGAGAGAGGCGGCGCCGGCUGACCAUGUCCGUCUGGGAGCAGAGGACCAGCCAGCUUCGCCGCCAUCGCCAGACGUCCAGCCGCGAGGUCCUUUACGGCUUUUCCGUCUGCCAACACCUCAAGGGCGGCCAUCCCCCCGACACCCAGCAGCCCGUGGACGGCUCGGGUGGGGCCCCGGACCCGCUGGAAUCCUUAGAACCAUCCAUAGAGGAGCACAACAUCUCCAUCAACCUCCCCGACCCUCCCGAAUCCGAGCGCUCCACCAAAGACGAGUUGGUGACCGCCACGCCCCCCGAGGCUCCGGGUCCCGCAGACACGACUGCGGAGGAGCCUGGCAAGGACGGAAGCUCCAGGGACGAGUUUGAGGAUCUGAAGAAUCACCUGAGCGUCAGGAGGGCGAACGGAGAUAGCAGGCACCGGUCGUCACGGAAACACAGCAAACACGGUAAACACGGUAAACACCGGAACUCAGAUCCACCCAAACAGCAGGACGAUUCAAACCCAGAGGAGCGAAGUCGCUCCACCAGUCGAGAGGGGAGGAGCGGCAAGAACGAGGACGAGGAGGAGAAGAGGAGCGACGGGGGACUCGGCGAGGACCGUACGCCACACGCAUGUAGUCCCGCAGACACCAGACUGAAUCUGGACUCAGGACAGGAGGUGGCCACGCUGCCGGUCACUGAGAGCACGACGGUGGAGUUGGGCGGGGUCAGUACGUGUAUAACCGAGGGAGAAAACAACAACAACCAGGACAAAGCAUCUCCGGGGAACAGCGCGGGCGUGGCAGAUACAGACGCCCAGUCAGGACUGGAGCUCACCGACAUCACAGCUAACAGUAAAGAUCUGGAGGCCUCGAAGUCGGAAAAGGAGGACGAGGACGCAGCCAGGCGAUCCAGAGCCCCGGCUGACAGCAUGUUUAUCUUCAAACCCAACAACCCGAUCCGCAGAGCCUGUCACUACGUCGUCAACCUCCGCUACUUCGAGCUGUGCAUCCUGCUGGUCAUCGCCGCCAGCAGCAUCGCUUUGGCCGCCGAGGAUCCGGUGGCCACCAACUCCAACUGGAACAAAGUGCUGCGGUACUUUGAUUACGUUUUCACCGGAGUUUUCACCUUCGAAAUGAUCAUUAAGAUGAUCGAGCAGGGUCUCAUCCUUCACGACGACUCGUAUUUCCGGGAUCUCUGGAACAUUCUGGAUUUUAUUGUGGUGGUCGGGGCGCUGGUGGCCUUCGCUCUCACGAAUGUACUGGGGAACAACAAAGGCAGAGACAUCAAAACCAUUAAAUCUUUACGUGUGCUGAGAGUCCUGAGGCCCCUGAAAACCAUCAAGAGGCUCCCCAAACUCAAGGCGGUGUUCGACUGCGUGGUGACGUCUCUGAAGAACGUCUUCAACAUCCUGAUCGUCUACAAGCUCUUCAUGUUCAUCUUCGCCGUCAUCGCCGUGCAGCUCUUCAAAGGGAAGUUCUUCUACUGCACCGACGGCUCCAAGGACACCGAGAAGGACUGCCAGGGGUAUUACAUCGACUACGAUAAAGAGAAGAAGGAGGUGAAGAAGCGCGAGUGGAGGAGACACGAGUUUCAUUACGAUAACGUGGUGUGGGCUCUGCUCACACUCUUCACCGUCUCCACCGGAGAGGGCUGGCCGCAGGUGCUGCAGCACUCGGUGGACGUGACGGACGAGGAUCAGGGUCCGAGCCGAGGGAACAGGAUGGAGAUGUCCAUCUUCUAUGUCAUCUACUUCGUGGUCUUCCCGUUCUUCUUCGUCAACAUCUUCGUGGCCCUGAUCAUCAUCACGUUUCAGGAGCAGGGCGACAAGAUGAUGGAGGAGUGCAGCCUGGAGAAGAACGAGCGAGCGUGUAUCGACUUCGCCAUCAGCGCUAAGCCCCUGACGCGCUACAUGCCGCAGAACCGACACACCUUCCAGUACCGGCUCUGGCACUUCGUGGUUUCUCCGUCCUUCGAGUACACGGUGCUGACCAUGAUCACGCUCAACACCAUCGUCCUCAUGAUGAAGUAUUAUUCGGCUCCUCCUGUAUACGACGCUGUACUGAAACAUCUGAACACGGCCUUCACCGUCCUCUUCUCUGUGGAGUGUGUGCUCAAGAUCCUCGCCUUCGGGUUUAUGAAUUAUUUCCGGGACACGUGGAACAUCUUUGAUUUCAUCACCGUGUUGGGGAGCAUCACUGAGAUCGUGGUGGAUCAGCAGUCGGCCUCGUUUAACAUGAGCUUCCUGAAGCUGUUCCGGGCGGCGCGGCUGAUCAAACUGCUCCGGCAGGGCUACACCAUCCGCAUCCUGCUGUGGACCUUCGUCCAGUCCUUCAAGGCUCUUCCAUACGUGUGUUUGCUCAUCGCCAUGCUUUUCUUCAUCUACGCCAUAAUCGGCAUGCAGGUGUUUGGAAACAUUAAGCUGAAUGAGGAGACCCACAUAAACCAGCACAACAACUUCAAAACUUUUUUUGGUGCUUUAAUGUUACUGUUCAGGAGUGCGACGGGCGAGUCGUGGCAGGAGAUCAUGUUGUCCUGUUUAGGAGGACAGAGGUGUGAGCUGGACCCCUCGCUGGGAUCUGGACUGAACCUGACUGAACCGGACGGCGGGUGUGGCACCGAUUUCGCUUAUUUCUACUUCGUCUCCUUCAUCUUCUUCAGCUCCUUCCUGAUGUUGAACCUGUUUGUGGCGGUGAUCAUGGAUAAUUUUGAGUACCUGACGCGUGACUCCUCUAUCCUCGGUCCUCAUCACCUGGACGAGUUUGUGAGGAUGUGGGGACAGUACGACCGAGCUGCCUGCGGCCGUAUUCACUACACUGACAUGUACGAGAUGCUGACCUUCAUGUCUCCGCCGCUUGGCCUGGGCAAGAAAUGCCCCUCCAAGUUGGCUUAUAAGAGGCUGGUCCUGAUGAACAUGCCGGUGGACGCCGAGAUGACGGUUCACUUCACCUCCACGCUGAUGGCUCUGAUACGCACAGCGCUGGAGAUCAAGAUCGCCCGAGGAGGUGAAGACAGAGGUCAGAUGGACAUCGAACUUCAGAAGGAGAUCAGCGUGAUUUGGCCGCACCUCUCCCAGAAGAACCUGGACCUGCUCGUACCCAUCCAUCAGGCGAGUGACAUGACGAUCGGUAAGAUCUACGCCGCCAUGAUGAUCAUGGAUUAUUACAAACAGAACAAAGCCAAGAAACUCCGACAGCAACUGGAGGAACAGAAAAACGCCCCGAUGUUUCAGCGUAUGGACGCCUCUUCAUUACCGCCGGAGAUUCUGUGUAGCGCCAAAGCUCUGCCCUUCCUCACCCACAGCGCCGGAAACGCUCUGACCAGAGGAGGAUUUGUGGCCUUGAGUCCCAUCUCACCUCAGGAACUGUUCAUGCCGCCCAUCAUGCCCGAGGAAGAGGAGGAGUUUACGCCCAACUACAGACCCCAACACUCGCCCAACACGGUGAGGUCGGACAGGAAGCUGUUACAGCGCUCGUUCUCCACUAUCGGUGAUCAGUGUGUGAACGGGGUUUGGCAGGAGGAGUUCUCUCUGGAGAGGGUCAGUCCUGACCGCCUGGAGAGACCCCGGCAACGUAGCUUCAGAGGCGUCAGAGCGAAUCUCAGAGAUCCGGUGUGUAAGGAGAGAGGAAGAUCUAAAGAGAGGAAGCACCUGCUCUCACCGGAUCCCUCACGCUGCAGCUCAGAGGAGCGGAACCAAACCCGGGCGCAGGAUCCACCACCCACACGCUCACCCACUCCACCUACUCGCUCACCCAGCGAGGGGAGAACACACACACAGGCUGACACCUCAGCAAGUGCACUUCCGUCUUCAGACUGCAGGGGGCGCCGGCAGCUUCCUCAGACCCCCUCCAGGCCCCGGCCGCACAUUUCCUACUCGCCCCUGGUGUGCCGCGGACUCACGGGCCCCGAGGACCCCCCGCCACGGACCAGGUCUGCGGGGGAGGGGCCGGGCGGCGGCCUGAGCCCCGCCUCCCCGCAGCGCUACACCUCCGAGCCGUACCUGCCGCUGCACGACCACUCCAACAGUCCCGAGGAGACGCUGACCUUCGAGGCCGCCAUAGCGAGCAGCCAGGGGCGGGGUCACGUCGUGAGCUCCGCCCCGCAGCUGCGCCACACCUGGCAGAUGCCCAACGGACAUUUCCGGAAAGGGUGCGAGCUCCUCAGCGACACCGACGAGGACGACCGCUGCUGAGGGGGCGGAGUCUCCACACGGGCGUCAAGCGGCGAGAGCCGUUACAGACGUGCGCCGCCACCGAGAGGGACACGCCCUGAUUUUACUGAGCGACGGGCGCCACAGGGUUCACAGGGGCGGAGCUUACGUUUCAUUUAAAUGAAUAAGCCAAUUAGAAGCUUGGUGAUGUCAUGUCAUCUAGACUAUAUGGUCAAAAGUAUUGGGACGCCCCUUCGUGUUUCAGCCACAACAGUCACUAACAGGUGUAAUGAAUCAAUCAUACAGUAUAAAUGAAACCACAUGCUAUUGAGCUUGCAGCAACAGUUUAGGGAAGGUCCUCUCCUGUUCCAGCAUAAAGCUAGCUCUUUAAAUAUAAAGACAUGAAGAAACUUUAUCUCUGUUUAUCUCUAACUCAACAGCUCUGGGAUGAACCAGAACAUCGACUGAGCAUCAGCGCCCAGCCGUACAAAUUCUGUCAGCUUUUGACCAAACAGGCAGAAAUUCCCACACUUAGACACGCUCCAGUCUCGUCAGAAGCUCCUCAGAAGAGCGACUGUUGUUCUAGAGGUGGCUGAAACGGGACGUCCGACAAGACAGAGUAUUUCACUUUUAAACUUGGCUACUAUUGUAUUCACAUAGCGAGACAGAUUAGCAAACGUUAGCUUGCUUAUAGCAUAGCGACACAAUGCUACAGCUUGUGCUACUUGUUAUUUUCUCGCCCGGUGGACCAGUCCCACCGCGACCCUGACCAGGAUGAAGUGACGGUGAAACAGUGAGUGAAUGAAUCAGUGUUUGGUUUGUCGCUCAGUAGAAUCAGGGCGUUUGGGAGACGGCGGCUUGUUUUAGAGCUCCUCCUCUCUGGAUGCUAACCGGACCGUGUUCAGCGGGUCUGAAGGACGUCGUGUUCCGCCGUGAACAGAACCGCGGUGACGGAGGAAACCAACACGGGAGGAACUUUGGGGUUUUGGACCUUGAACUCACUCAGGCUCUCAGACGUCUCUGCUGAGGCUCGGACGUCUUAUCAACAGCCAGUGGAUCAACUGUGUGUGUGUGUGUGUGUGUGUGUGUGCGCGCGUGUGCACGUGUGCUGGGCGCUACAGCGGCUAUGUUUACAUGCAGCAUCUGAAACCCGUUGUGACAUCAUAAGACGCAAGCUGACGUCCCAUGUUACUAUAGCAACCAGAGUGAUCGGCUGAUAAGACCUGUUGUGACAUCAUAAGACGCAAGCUGACGAUUUAUGUUACUAUAGCAACCAGAGUGAUUGGCAGCCAAAACCCGUUGUGACAUAUUCAUGUCACUAUAGCAACCAGAGUGAUUGCUGCUGAACCAUGUUGUGACAUCACGAGACGCAAGCUGAUGAUUUAUGUUAUUAUAGCAACCACACUGAUUGGCUAAUGAAAGCCAUUGUGACGUCGUAAGCUGACGAUUCAUGUUACUAUGGCAACCAGAAUGACUGGCUGCUGAAACCUGUUGUGACAUCAUAAGAUGCAAGCUGAGGGUCCGUGUCGCUAUAGCAACCAGAAUAAUUAGCUCCUAAAUCCCCAUUAUGACAUCAUAAGAUGCAAGCUGACAAUUCAUGUUACAAAAGCAAACAGAGUGACUGGCUGCUGAAACCCGUUGUGACAUCACCAGAUGCAAGCUGACGUUUCAAAAGUAUUGGGACGCCUUGAUCGGUUCAUCCCAAAACUGUUGAGUUAGAGAUAAAGACAAUUUUCCUCGUGUCUUUAUGCCAUAAAGAAUAAAAAUAUAAUGAAACGAAUUGUUCUUUAUUUUCAUGUCAGACUGAAGCUGCAUGUGAACGUAGCUGCUGAUCAGAGACCAAAAAUCCUGAAACUGCUCGAGUGAUUCUGUACCGAUAAGCCAUGAUCUGAUCUUCUGAUCCUCUGAUGUAAAUACUGAUGUAAAGUUUCUCUCUGCUGGAGUUUCUACACUAACUGAUUGUACUGAUGGACGGGCGUGGCUGGAACAGAACAGAACAGAACAGAGCGCACGUGACAUUUCAUCAGCGACUCCAUCAGCCAAUCACGUUGUUCUCUUUUAUCUCUCUUUAUUUUCUCUGUUUUUAAUGUUUCUCUCUCUGGUUCUCUUUCUCUCACUGUGUAGCGUAAAACGUUCCCUGUAACCCCCCCUCCCCAUCCCAAUCCCACACGAUAGCUGGUGUAACGUUAGCUAGCUCGCUAGCAGGGUUUGUAAGUCUUGGUGUAUUUUUCACCGUUUACAGGGACGUAUUUCUGUGUAAAUGAUGUACUGAUGAAACCCCGAGGAGACUUUUGAUAAUAUCGUUGGUACGUUUUGUUUUUUUGGUGCAUGCGAGGUGGUAAAAAAGUCGUUGCAUUUAAAUGUAGCUAAGCUAAUAUUAGCACUGUAACGUGUUGGAAAAGCUUGCGUAGCUAAUGUUUAUAUAUUAUUAUAUUUUGUUAUGUAAUAAAAACCAAAAUACUGACAUUA